UAUAAUAGAAAGUUAACCAGGAAGGCAAAUUGUAAUUCGAAGACCAAAGGAAAGAUGAUAAUCACUACAAUAAUGGGCAACUAAAAUAAAUUCUACUUAACAUAAUUUUUAGAGUCAUUAAAAUAGCAAUCAGAAUAACAACAAUAUCUCUUAAAUAGAUUUUAAAAUAAAUAUACCAUCAUUAUAAGUUUAGAGAAAGUAAAAGAGAAAAGUUUCAGUUUAAGCACAAUUUUCAUUGGGUAAGGAAUUAUUAGUUUAAAAUACUUAGUUUUUAGUGAUAAUUGAG